AUUGUCUCCAACUUGAGCAAUAAUAAUAACUCUCUUAAGGUUGAAGUUAGUGAAGCAUUAACUCAGCCUAUUCGCAAGACUUUACCAAGGGUGGGAGCAAGGAAAUACAUAUCAAUUUACGAAAACAAUGUUGCACACAACCAUGUGCUUUUGAAAUUUGCUAAAUUGGAUUUUAAUGUGCUGCAAAAGUUGCACCAAAGAGAGCUUAAUGAGCUUACAAGGUGGUGGAAAGAUUUGGAUUUUGCUAAUAAAAUUCCAUAUGCAAGGGACAGACUGGUUGAGUGUUACUUUUGGAUAUUGGGAGUGUAUUUUGAGCCAAAGUAUAGUCGUGCUAGAAAAAUGAUGACAAAAGUACUCAAGAUAACCUCAGUUAUUGAUGACACUUUUGAUGCUUACGCAACCUAUGACGAACUUGUGGCUUUCACUGAUGCAAUCCAGAGAUGGGAUGCUAGUGCAAUCGAUUCAAUAUCGCCAUAUAUGAGGCCCCUAUAUCAAGCUCUUCUAGACAUUUACAGUGAAAUGGAACAAGUGUUGUCCAAUGAAGGUAAACUGGACCGUGUAUACUAUGGAAAACAUGAGAUAAAAAAGAUUGUGAGAGCCUAUUUUAAGGAAGCCCAAUGGUUGAAUGAUGCUAACUAUAUUCCAAAAUAUGAGGAGCACAUGGAGAUUUCACUCGUAACCGCUGGCUAUAUGAUGGGAGCAACAAAUUGCUUGGUGGGUGUGGAGGAAUUUAUAUCCAAAGACACUUUUGAAUGGUUAAAGAAUGAGCCUUUGAUAGUUCGAGCUGCUUCAUUGAUUAGUAGAGCAAUGGACGAUAUUGUUGGACAUGAAGAUGAACAAAAAAGAGGACAUGUAGCUUCAAUUAUUGAAUGUUACAUGAAAGAAUAUGGAGCUUCAAAGCAAGAGGCAUACGCCAAAUUCAAGAAAGAGGUCACCAACGUAUGGAAGGACAUAAACAAAGAAUUCUUCCGUCCAACUGAAGUACCAAUGUUUGUCCUUGAACGAGCUUUAAAUUUUGCACGUGUGAUAGACACGUUGUAUCAAGAGGUAGAUGGAUACACAAACUCCAAAGGCUUACUUAAAGACUUGGUGAACUCUUUACUGAUUGAAUCUGUCAAAAUAUCAAUAUAAUGAUGAAAUUGCAUUUUCGUCAUUCAAGUAUUCAGAGCAGAAUAAGACAUAUAUUAAAUUGAAGACCUUUAGUAUUCAGGGCAUCUUCCAGCGGCUGAUCCGAAACCUCAGUUGGAAGACGCUUUUCGAUUUCAAGGAUGAACUACAUCUUUCAAGUUGUCAUGGGUUCUUUGGGUUUCUUGUUCAUCUUUUUGGAUACAUUCACUAGUUUUAGCUUUAUGAUUAGUUUCGGGGUUGCAUCCUCAGCUUGAUUGUGUUAGAAUUUUGGUUAUGAUUACUUUCAGCUCUUAGGAGUAUUUCUGCAUUGAAUGUUUUUAGACUAUUUGGGUUGAGUUUAUGGGGACUCAAUUCUUUAGUGAUUAAACUGUUUUCUCAUUUUAUAUGAUAGAUUUGGUUUUGCUUAAA